AUGUGUUUUCUUUUAAUAUUAUUCUUGGUUUCACUUCAAAAUUCAUCGAGAUUAACCAAAUUUCAAAUAAAUUAUGUUCACUUAAAGCAUUUUUCGAACGAAUAUAUCGAUACUUCAAGAUUUAACUACACGGAUAUUUGUGGGGAUAUAUUUAAAUACAACGCAAACUCUGAAAAAGAUUAUCUCAUUGGAUCUUAUGAGUUUUAUGAUAAAUGUUGUUCACCACAAUUUUUAGAAAGCUUGGAAAUGGCAAGAGUUGCAAUGCCAAAUUGCCAUAUCGUCAUUAUAUUCUUUUCUGAAUUACCAAAAAGAUGCAAAAACGAUUAUAGAAAAUUGAUCAGUCUGAAAAUAGAGUUUGUCAAAGUUACCAAAAAAGAAACAGAUUACGCAGUUAUUGCUCGGUUUAUUUCAUAUCUUGAUUUUGUUAGCACAAAUUACAAUAAAAUAGACCGUAUAUUUUUAAUGGAUAUUAGAAUUGUGUUAUUUUACUCGGAUUUUUUCCAAACAUUUUCAAAUGAUGAAAUAUCAUGGUUAAGUGAAUGUUAUGGAACAAAAAUUCCAGAACAAUGUUUUGGGCCUUCAAACUUUCCAGACCACGCAAAGUGGUUAUCCAAUUUUAUUUCCAAAGAAAAUUCCUUCAUUAAAUGGUGGGUUUGCUUUUGGUGGGGUUCAAAAAAUGAAAAAAAAACACUCGAAAUUAUUAAUGCACAUAUUGAUAAAUCAAAAAUGAAAUGGGGGUACGACCAAGCAUUGAUCAAUUGGCUCUUUUAUAAUGGUAAAUUUAAAGAAGUUGAUAUGAAAAGUGUAUUAUGCGAACAAAGAUAG